AUGAAGACCGUGGCUAUCGUUGGUGCAGGCCCUGCAGGCCUCGUUAUGUGCAAAUCUCUGCUGGAGAGCUCAUCUCCUGACCUCGCCUUCGACCCGAUUAUCCUCGAACAAGAAGAUGACAUUGGCGGCACCUUUAAGUACCGCUCGUACGAUAACGCCAAUUUGGUCUCGAGUAAACAGCUCACGUCCUUCUCUGAUUUCCGGAUGCCGAUGGAGCAUCCAGACCAUUUAACGUUGGAGGAAUACGUGAACUACUUGCGGGCGUAUUGCGCGCACUUCAGCUUCACUGACCGGAUACGCUUGCAAUCCAAAGUCGUAAACAUCUCACGCGAUCCGAAUGGCGACCAUAUCGUAGCCUAUGUACACAAGUCGCAAACGGGCGAGUGGGAAAACGUUCCUCGGACAAUCCGUGCACAUUAUGUUGCUAUUUGCACAGGCUUGCAUGUCAUCCCCGCAGUUCCAGAACUCCCUGGUAUAGGGCAUAUCGCGCAGGCCUUCCACUCCCAUGAAUACAAAUCUCGGGAUCAACUGGCCGGGCGGCGCGUCAUGAUCUUGGGCACUGGGGAGACUGGCAUGGAUAUAGCUUAUGAAGCUGCGAAAUCCGAUGCCAAACAAGUCGUCUUGUGCUCCCGGUCCGGAUUCCUGUCGUUUCCAAAGGCAUUGAAUGAUUUUGAAAUAUUCGGCUUCAAAUUCGAGUCCAAUAAGCCCCUUCCAAUUGACACUCUCAUAACCAACCUCGCUGAAACGGCAUAUGUUCAUCCUUGGGUUGCGGCCACCCACAUCCGUUGGUUCGUCUCAGACUUCGUCAUCAAGAGGGUUCUUUGGCUCUUGACAGGCACACAAGCUGGAUGCAACCAAUGGGUUGGCGAGCUCGAGCCUGAACGUUUAGGAAGGGCAUAUGUAUUCUUAAACAAGUCCCACAAAGCCAUGCCCUACAUCAACCGUCCCUGGAGGAAGCGCUCCUACUUCUUGGACUACCUCUCUAAAUAUAUCGACCCUCCAGAAGACUCACCACCACAUACGAACUUCGGCGUCGACCUCGCGCCGUUCCCGUCCCACAUCCUCCCUUCUGGCCGUGUAGUCUUCCCUCUAACCAAGCGGAAAGAUGCGGUGCGAAUACAGGGGAUCGAAGUCAAACCUGAUGUUGUGAUAUUUGCGACGGGGUAUCGGCAGGACUUCCCCUUCUUGGAAGAAGGGUACCCGACGCCAGACCAGGCGGACAUGCGGAAUGUCGUAAAGUCUGGAGAGGAGACGAUAGCGUUUAUAGGGUUCGUGAGACCUGGCGUAGGCGCUAUACCUCCCAUUGCGGAGAUGCAAAGCCUGUGGUGGAUAUCCCUACUCAAGAAUCAAGUUCGCAAACCGCUGCCACCACCUCAUUAUCACCUUCUUGUCAAGGAGACGGCGCGCAUCAAGUAUGGGGUCGACCACUCAACCUACAUGAGUACUCUUGCAAAAGAUAUUGGGGCAGCUCCUGGUCUCUGGGAAUUAUAUCGCGAACAUGGACUCCAUGUGCUCGUCGCCUACUGCUUCGGUGCGGCGUUCACGACUUUCUAUCGCCUGGUCGGCCCUCACCGGUCCCCUAUGGCACCUACCAUUGUUAAAACAGAGAUAUGGGAAACUAUCACUCGUAGAGGAGUUCUCGGUAAUCUUCUCAUGGGUAUCAUACCGAUGCUGUUUUACUUGUGGCUCAACACUUUGGCUUUGGCUCUUGAGACAGCUUCAUUCCUUUUACCCCGUCGUAUGCUUGCUUUGUUGACACCGAAGACUAUGUAG